ACCGCACCACCCCCUGGAGAGCCCUGCGGUUAGAGGGGAAGAUAGCGCGUUAAAGUUGAUCAAUAUAAGCAAACUGGUGUAGUUAUCUAGCUGUUAUUUGACAACUUAGCAGCUCCAACUACUUAUUCAAGUUAGCUCGCCAGCUGUCUUUGAGGGCUUCUCAAGCGCAUGCCAUUUUUAUUAGUUUGUGUCGUCGUCUCUAGUUACCACAGCCACAAAGUAGUAAUUAUGGCUAAACACGUCUAUUUCUACAAUUUAUCUACCUAAAAUCUGCAACUUUAACCACACUGCUAAACUUUUUCCUAACCUUAAAUUCAGACCAAAAAGUACAUUUUAGGUUUCAUAAUUUUUACGAUAAACCCAAUUUUGACUUUAUGGCUUUGGUAACUAGUGACAACUGUUUAUGUACUGCCGCGGCCAUGUUUUUCAACAAUCUUGAAACGCGCAUGCUCAAACGUAAUUUCAUUCGCAGUUGCGCCAACUCGGAGAGGAUAUUGCCACUAGCAACAUUGAUGCAUUUGAUUUUUCAUAACAAAAAUACUAUUCUUGAGGAACCUGCACUCUUGGAAGAAUAACAACAAAAAGCAUUUUGCAACCCUUGGUUGGAAAUAACGCUUAAUUUCCAUUUUACAUAUGUAUUCUGACUGUUGACAAUGCAAAGUGGAAGCGAGCGGGUUUGCAGAAUUUUCAAGCGUCUUUUCUUAGCUAGGAGCAGAAACAAGAACCAUGGCUAGGCCUCACAGAUACAUUGACAGUUGUUCACCAACCUGACAACAAGGCAGUUUAGAAUGGGCUCAAAGUUAAGGUUUGUGAGAAACUCAUAACAUUCGUGAUAUACUUGCCAUUAGUUAGCAAGCGAACAUUGGCUAGCGUGGCAAACUAACGUUAUAGUAGCUAGCUAAGUUACCGAGGGUACAAGACAGUUGUCUAAAUAGGUAUUUUGGCUAUCAGUCUAGUGUGUACCUAUAUCUUAUUCAGAUACAGCAGCUAGCUAACGUAGCAAUUCCUAGCUUGCGUACGAGGUCGCUACGUUCGGCUAGAUUACGACUGGGUCCGUUAUUCCCUCUACAAUAUUCAGUAAUAAACCGAGAAAGACCAUUUGGAGGAAACAAGUGUUGGGGAGGAGGGGGGGCUCGACAGAGCCACACUGGGCGUGGAACGAAACUAGCUAGCUAAGCUGGUUCCAUAGCAUAGGAUUGAUUCUCUGCAAGAAGCCGUCGACUGCUUUGCUGGGUGAAUGUGGGACAAAAUGGAGACGCCAACGAUUGUGUACGACUUGGAUACCUCUGGGGGCUUAAUGGAGCAAAUUCAAACACUGCUCGCACCCCCCAAGUCAGAGGAUGGCGAAAAGAGGAAUCGGAGGAGUGAAAGGGACGUUCGGAGAAAGAGCAGAGCCACCAACCACGACAUCUGUGAUAGUUGUCAUGAGGGAGGGGACCUUCUGUGUUGUGACCAUUGUCCUGCCGCCUUCCAUCUACAAUGUUGUAACCCACCAUUGAGUGAAGAAAUGCUGCCUCCUGGUGACUGGAUGUGUCAUCGCUGCAACGUACGGAGAAAGAAGCGGGAGCAGAAGGCUGGGCCGACAAAUGGCCUGCUGGAGAGGGAGAGAACCCUCUCCAAGCGCUCCUCCCCCCCCGCAGCUGAACUGGAGCGGGGCACCACCACCAUUACUACCACUACGUUGCGCCUGGACAGGAUGCCCCCCGGGGUCGGAGCAGCAGGACCCGGAUUGCGGGUGGCUGCUGUACAUCUGGAGCGUCUGGAGCACCUUGAGCGGCGGGCCAGCAGCCGACCGGGCACGCCAACAUCCAACACCUCCUCCACGGACACGGCCACCCCCUCGGAGGAGCAGAACGAGGCUGACGAGAUGGCCAAGGCAGAGGAGGUGGUGGUGGAGGCCCAGUGCUCGGAACCUGAGCAAGCCACCGCCACCCAUACCCCCACACCACGGCUCCUCAAGAGGCCCUUUCAGCUGCUCAUUGCCGCUGCAAUGGAGAGGAACCCCUCGCAGUUCCAGCUGCCCAAUGAGCUCACUUGCACCACAGCACUGCCAGGCAGCACUAAACGGAGGAGGAAAGAGGAGCUGAUCAUGAAGACUUUCAGGAGGCCACAGCAUGUGAUGGACCCCAAUGGCCUCGUUCCUCUGCCAGUCAGGGUUUGCUUCUCCUGCACCAGGAACUGCAGAAUGGCCCCCUUGGUUCAGUGUGACUAUUGCCCCCUGCUCUUCCACAUGGACUGCCUGGACCCCCCACUCACUGCCAUGCCCACAGGCAGGUGGAUGUGCCCCAACCAUAUGGAGCACUUGGUGCUGAACCGGCGGAGCCUGUCCCUUACCAGCCGUUGCAAGCUCUUAGACCAGUUUCAGGACAGAAUAUCCCAGCAUGCAGUCAAGGUGGACUUCCUGCGAUGGGUCCACCAACAGAACCCGCUUUUCCGCAGCGGUGUCCACCACAAGACGAAGGCGCUCAAGGUACCCGACGCUAUUAAGUCCCAGUACAAGAACCCCCCGGCCAUGUUGGCUCCUGCAGCGGUGCGUAACGGGGAGCUGAUCUGUAAUGGCAUCCCAAACCAGGACUGCUCCCCUCAGCAUUUUACCAGCCAGGCGGAGCAACAGGAGUGGCUUAGAGACGUCAUGGCGCUCCAGUGCAGCAUCAUGCGACAUUUAUCUGGCAAGCAGAAGUCCUCGUCAAACUGGGACUCUGAACAGACAGACAUUAAGCCCUGCGUGGCUUUAGAGAACAGCAGCACUCUGCCCCUUGCAGAAAGGACAGCUUCUGCCCUGCCUGCCCCCUGCUCUAAGCCCUGCAAUACAUCUGAUGGUCCCCAGGGAGCCCCUGUAUUGAAGGAACUCUCGCAGGGCCAGGAGAGCUGCUGCUGCACGGUGAGGCCCUGUCUGAAGUGCAGGAAACACAACGGACCCCUGACGGAACAGCCUGUACAAGCCAACGGGCCGUUAGCGUGUGAUGCUGCCUCAGGUGCCUGCAGACAGACAGAGCUCCAGCUGCACAUACUCAACCCCCUAGCCUCACUCCCAAUCUCUGCUCUGGGGCUGCCCAAUCACCCGAGAAGAGGGGUUGUGGUUAAAACGGAGAGGGGCAGCCCCCUGGAGUCUUGCACCCAGAAAGGUUGUUCCCCUUCGACGUGUGCAGCUCCAGAGCAGGAUGUCAAGUGUCAGGCCUACGGGACUCCUCCAGGCAAGGCAGGGGCUCAGGCCACCCCUCUGAGCUGCUUCAGUGAGCUGAAGCUCGGCCCCAGCCCCAACCUGGGUGUCCAUGUCUUUACCCCAUCCAUAGCCGUUAAAGACUCCAGCACAGCAAGAAAGCCCACCACCACACCUCCCUGUUUCUCCUUAGGGCCAGAUCUAAAGGGCAGCUCCAUGUUCCCCAGCUCCCUCUCCACCUCCAUAGCAGGCCUGUCUGGUGGCAUGAAGGCCAUGACGGAAGGGGAUGGGGAGAUGGAGCUGAGUAACCUGGAUGAGGAGUUGGUCAAACUCCUGGCCUGGCAGAGGAUACAGCAGCUGUUUCCCCCCAAAGCGCCCCCAACCCCCCAAGGCAGCGGCUUAACCGCUCCUCCCACCAUCAGCGUCGCUCUCAAACCUCAGUCUCCCGCACCACGCACAGAGGAAGAACCGAAGGUGCAGGCGAGAGCAACGUUCUAUCCACUCAUGGGGAAGGGAGGAGCCAUCAACAUGUCUUAUAGGACCCUGUACAUAGGAGCUGGUGCUGACAUGGAUGUGUGCCUUACAAACUAUGGUCAUUGUAAUUAUGUAUCUGGAAAACACGCCUGCAUCUUUUACGACGGGAACACCAAGCACUACGAGCUGCUCAACUACAGUGAGCAUGGGACCACGGUGGACAAUGUACUCUACUCCUGUGACUUCUCUGAGAAGGCCUCCCCCAGCCCGGUUAGUGGCCUGGUGUCCAAAGUGCAGGGCAUUGUCCGCCAUUGUAAGAUGAGAGAGCAGGAGGAGGGGGCUGAGGCAGGGCCCGGCCCCAGGACUGGACUGAUGCCAUCAGGAGGAGUGAUGAGUUGCCAGCCCCAGGGAGGACCCAGGCUCUCCUGCAACUGUAAGGCCAGCAGUUCCAGCCUAAUUGGUGGCAGCGGGGCUGGCUGGGAGGGUACAGCGCUGCUCCACCACGGCAGCUACAUCAAACUGGGCUGCAUGCAGUUUGUCUUCAGCAUUGUUGAGUUCACCAGCAAGCAGCCCAAAGAAGAGGGAACCACUGGCACCGCCAAUACCACCCCUGCCAGUACCACCCCCAGCCAAGAGGAGGCAGACAAACAGACUAUCAAGUUCCACCAAGUGCACCUUGGUUCAAUAGCCCAAACUCUCUCUUUUUCACCUCUUUGCAGUCAAACCUAAGGGAACCCUACAGAGCUGGUUGUCACGCAGGGAAAAUAGAUAUUUUGUUUAUACUUUCACAUUAAAUUCAAUCUCAAAUCUGUUAUUUAGAUGUCAAUUCCUCUCGAAGAUCAUUGGACUUCAAAUAUUUCACUCAUUUUUGCCAGUGUAGUUAUAUAACUUUUCCUUAUUUUUCAGCCAGCUCAUGUAGCCCAAACAUUUAAUUUUAUGAUAUUGAAAUUGUAGUACUCACAUUUUUGUUUGUGUGGCUACGUUAGCACCACAGGUAGCUAGUUAUACAUUCAUGCUCCCUAACAUGCUUAUACACACAUUUGUAUGUACAGUGUAUUAAUGUCAAUAUGUUUGGUGCUUUUCAAUUGGAUAUCCUGUACAUAAACCAUUGUGGUUGUUUUUUUUAAGCAUACAGUACCUCCCAUUGACCUGUGCGCUCCAUGCUGAAAUCCAUGGUGUAAAUAGUGUCGAAACGUUUCAGCUCUCGCUUUAACACUCGUUCUUUGUCGGUUUCUGCCUGUCUGGAAAAUAAAAAACAUUUUUCAGAACAAACAUAAAAA